UUGUCAUCUUGUGUCAUUUCGUCUCGACCAAAGGAUUUGUAAUGUAAUGUUUUCACUCGAUUAAUUUUUAUAAUUUCGGCGAUGGAGUCUUUCAAUACAGACACCGAUAUUGGUGAUAAGUCUAUCUCAAAUGGGGAUUGUUCGCCACUGUCUGAAAAACAGGCCUUCGACUUGAAUCAUACUAAAAAUAUUGAUGACAUAUCUACGCCUUCUGAAUUGAAUUUCGAUCAAGAGUCGGACUUCGAAGACCCUGAAAUCACAAAAAAGCGAAAAGAGAUUGAAAAAUGCCUCAGCAGUCCGGACAACGUCAAUUUGGAACAGUGGAAGAGUUUUGCACAGAGCAAAGGAGGCCUCAUAUCUGAUGAAUAUAGAAAAGUGAUAUGGCCGCUAUUGGUGGGAGUCACUCAAGAUGAGAUGACAGACCCUCCGUCUCUGGACGACCUCUCCGCACAUCAGGAGUAUAAUCAGGUGGUGCUAGAUGUAAAUCGUUCCCUGAAGAGGUUUCCGCCGGGCAUUCCAUACGAGCAGCGUGUGGCGUUGCAGGACCAGCUCACGGUGCUAAUUCUCCGAGUCAUUAUAAAGUACCCGCAUUUAAAAUAUUAUCAGGGUUACCACGACGUAGCCAUCACGCUGCUGCUGGUGUGCGGGGAACGCGCGUCGUUCCCACUGCUGUGCCGGCUGUCGUACGGGCCGGCGGCGCCGCUCGCGCCCUUCAUGCAGCUCACCAUGCAGCCCACGCAGCACCUGCUCAACUACAUGCUGCCAGUAAUCGCGCGAGCUCAUCCCGACCUCGCGCACUUCCUUGACAAGGCGGGCGUGGGCACGAUGUUCGCGCUGCCGUGGUACCUGACGUGGUUCGGGCACAGCCUGCCGCGCUACGCGGACGUGGUGCGCCUGUACGACUACUUCCUGUGCGCGCCGCCGCUGCUGCCCGUCUACGUCACCGCCGCGCUCGUGCUGCACCGCGCCGCCGCCGUGCUGGCCGCCGACUGCGACAUGGCCGUGCUGCACUGCAUGCUCUCCAGGUUACCGGAUGACUUACCAUUUGAAGACAUCUUGGUGACUGCCAAAAGACUGUACGACGAAAACGAUCCCGUUGAUCUCGAGCCUGAGGUGAUCGCUUUGGAAAGGAGAGAGGAGGAGGCGCGGCGGCUGGAGGAGGAGGAGCGCGCGCGGCGACGGGCGGCGGCGCGUGCGCGUGCACCGGCGCCGCUGUGGGCGCGCGCGCGGCUGCAGCUGCGGCGCCUGCAGCGGCGCUGCGGCGGCCGCCUACCACGCGGCGCACUGCUCGCCGCCGCCACCGUGCUGCUCGGCGUCUACGUCUACUACCGCCCCGACCUGCUCUUCAACAGGUACUGGAGACGCCUCACAACACGGUCGAAGCUUGCCUCAGAAAGUCGCGCGACGUGCUCUAUCCUCUAGCUGCGACAUAACAUCUACUGAUCAUCAUUGGUGAUCUAUUUAGUGAUUUGUGGGACUUUAUAAUUAUUAUCACGAUUAUUUCGAUAUUAACGCCAUCUAUCGUUUGAUGUAAAAACAAUUUGGUCCGCCAUUAUAAUUCGUAAAGCUCGAGCUACACGAGCGGUUCGCCCGCUGCAGAAAUCCGCUUGUGAACCGUCGUAAACACAAUUGACGACAAAAGCUGUAAGCUGGAAUCUGCACUACUUGCCCCUAGACAAAAGUAGCAAAUUAAUUUGUCAUUAGAAUCGUUAUCGCUAGUGACUCAAUGAGAUAGAACGAGAUAGCGAUAUCCAGUGUCUUGCUCUUUCUAUUGCGAGCGCUAACCGAAAUGAAUGUGUCGAUAGAUUCGUUUUGUACUUGUCUAGGUGGCAUCGUUUCAGGCAACAUUAGCAAAUUAUACCUGCAAUAUAUAUUUUUUAAUGAGUGAAAAUGGAAUGACAACCCCGCCCACGCUAUCGGUAUACGCUGGCGAAGCACCAGUGAGGGAUGACAGGUGGCGAUGAAAGCAGGUCAGUUAGCGCAUCGUGACGAAUUCCGCUAUGAUUAACCACGAUGGUUUCCAAGGGGAACCGCGUGGAGGUCGACCUGACAGAGUAUAUUGUUAGCAAUGGGUCAAUUAAACCGCAUCACUAACAAUCCCUCUCCCCCCUGCGUGCAAUAUAGUGUGUGCCUGUGAUUAUGAAUGAUAUAUGUAAAUCACAUGAAAUAUGUGCGAUUCAUAAACACAUUUGAAUAUUUUUUCCGGGAUAAAAUCAAAGUUACAACUUACUGUUUGGAAGUUGUUUGCGACAUUAUUAUUUGAAUAUAGACAAAAAAGAGAUCUGAAAGACAUUUAGUAAUGUAGGUAAAUUUUUAUUAUGAUUACUUUUGUUUCAAUAGAAACAAUAGAAAUCUUGUAUUAGCCUAUCUUAUCGGUUCGGGAUUAAAUAGCAUCGGAUACUUAAAAGUUUUAAUUGCUCAAUAAUACUAUUUAACAAUGAUAACGUUCGAGGCGUAUAUAAUUUGACAAAAUCAAUAAUUCCUUUUGUUAUUAAGUUUGUUUGUUCGUGUUGGCAUAUGUAUAGGGUCAGUGUAGACUUUGUCUCGUUUGUACAUUGCGAUAGGGCUCCUUCACACGGCACCGCCGUGAUCGUCUAUUGUAGCGGUCGCCGCGGUGUUGUGUGGAGGCCCUUAUUGUUUCGAUCAAUUGUGAUAUUAAUUUUGUUACUAUAUAUAUGUAGGUUUAUGCGAUUCAUUCCUCGUGUAGAUGUAUAGUGAAUCAUAAACACAUGAAACGGUAUUUAAGCAGUUAUAGGAUAUUCAGACGAUGCGAUGUUUUAAAUACUCGAUAUGAAACCAACCAACCUUUUUUUGAUUUCAUAAAUUAUCAUUCUUGUUUAUAGUCCAAAGAUUCCAAAUUUGAAUCUCUAUUAAAAUUUCUGUUUUGAAAAUUUCGUUUGAACCAUAAUAAUCGCAUUGUCUGAAUGUUACAACAGAAGAAGUUAAGCAUUUAUAAUGUUAAAAUGUUUUUUUUUUUUUAUGUAAAUAGUAUCAUAGAUAUUGGGGUCGAUUCUUAGGUGUCACUCUAAACCGUCUUCUUCCUGCCCUAUUCCCAUAUCUGUUUAGGGUCAGCGUAUAUUUUUCUUCUUCCAUUCAUCUCUACUUGUAGUUAUUUCACUAAUUACUCUCUUUCUGAUCGUGUCGUCUUUCACACAAUACAUCUUAUCUCUUUUUGAGUCUUCCUCUAGACUUAUAACCAUCCAUAUUUAUGCAUAUUUCUUACCACAUUCUUCUACUCUAUGUAUCAAUUUGAUAACACAGCGAUAUCAUUAUUAUAAGGACCAAUAGAAACUAAUUUUCUAAUACAUUUAAUUCAAAAUUAUUGUAAUUUUAGUUUACCAUGGUCCAUAGAAUAGUAAUUUAGUGAAAUUAUCAAGUUAAAAUAUUAGGUCGAGUUAAGAGAAGCGACACCUCAGAAUCGGCCACAUAGUCGUCACUAAUAGUGAACAAAUUGUAAAAUCACAAACCAAAUUGUACCUAAAUAUAAGAGUAAUUCAUAUGUGUUACUGAUUUGUGUUCAGUUUAUCGUUUAUUUAAAAAUUUUAUUUCAUAUAAUGAAAGUAAAAUAUUGUGAUUGUAAGAUCUUUUGUGUGUUGAUUUUUACGUGUCGAACGACGAAACUUUGUAUAUGUAGUAAUUUAUUUAGGUGAUCUGUUAUUCUGAUACGAUUAUACGCUUGUCUCAAGUUGUCAGAUUAAUAAUUAGAAACGUAAGACUGCAAGUUUUUUUUUUAAACUCAUAAUAGGUAAGUUACUAAUUGUUCUCUAUUAGUCCUCUAUCUAAGCUACAUAUAUCCCAUUAAAGAAUGCAGUCAAAUAGACCUGUGGAUAUAGGACAAAUAUGGUAUCUUGAAAUGUGAAUGUAAAAUUAUUCCAAUAUCUAUGCGUACAGAAUAUAGAAUCAAACGAUAGAACGAGGUAAUAUUACAUUCAGACUUCUGAAAUACUGGUUAGAUAUUACAUAAUCGACACGAAAAAAGAAAUAAAAACUUAUUAAAACUUAAAAUUACUCUUCUCCAUCCAAAGGUUGCCUGGAAGAGAUCGCUCUUAGCGAUAAGGACGCCCAUUCUUUUCGCAAUGUAAUAUUUUCUUGUAAUUGUUUGUAUUAAUAAGUUUACUAUUGUAAUAUUAUGGAGGAAACAAUAAAGUGUAUCUAUCUAAACUUAUUCGUUGAUUCCGGUUUAAAAAGUCAAAGGUAUCCAACUAUGAACGAAUUGUAUUAUUACAACGUUAUAGUUAAUUAUUUAAACUAAGUAAAGUCUAAACGAAAGGUCGGUCGUAUAAUCGUAUUGGACGUAACAUUGUCGAGCGUUGGUCUUGUGUUUCUAUUAGUGUUGAGAUUAAAUUUUAAACAUUUAGAUAGAAUUAGUAAUAAGUGCUUUAUGUACUGGGCUACGGAUAAACACUAUUUAUUUAAUGUCUUUGCAUGUUUAUACGUCUUUUUAUAUGGAUGUUAAACAUGGUUAACUAGGCUUAAUGCAUAGACAAACCAUACCAUAGAGUUGGCAAAAAACGAACGUGUGAAUUGAAACGACUCAAUAAUAAUAAUAAUGUUUAAUACUA